CUGCAUGGGCGAAGGAGCUUCGCUACCUUGUAUCCUGUGCUGACUGCUCCGGAUCGCCCACCGAGCGGCUUUAACUAAGCCAGCUACAAAGUUUCCCCCGCCGCUUCCGUAGCCCCGAGACGCGCCGGCCUGCGGCUCCAGGCUGUCCCGCCAUGGCUCCGCCCAAGAAAGGCGAGCUGACCCAGGAAGAGAAGGCGCUGCUGGAAGUGAUCGGGCAAGGGGACGUCCAGGAGGCCGGCAGACUGCUGGGAAGCAAGAGCGUCCGCGUCAACUGUCUGGACGAGCACGGGAUGACCCCCCUGAUGCACGCGGCGUACAAGGGGAAGACGGACAUGUGUCGGCUGCUCCUGCGCCACGGGGCCAACGUCAACUGCAACGAGCACGAGCACGGCUACACCGCCCUGAUGUUCGCCGGGCUGUCCGGCAAUAAGGAGAUCACGCGGGUCAUGCUGGAGGCCGGAGCGGACACGGACGUCGUGAAUUCGGUGGGCAGGACGGCGGCGCAGAUGGCGGCCUUCGUGGGCCAGCACGACUGCGUGACGGUCAUCAACAACUUCUGCCCCCGAGAGAGGCUGGAUUACUACACGAAGCCGCAGGGCCUCGACAAGGAGCCCAGGCUGCCCGCCAAGCUGGCGGGGCCCCUGCACAAGAUGGUCACCACCACGAACCUGCACCCCGUCAAGAUCGUGAUGCUGGUCAAGGACAAUCCUCUGCUGGCCGAGGUGGACGCCCUGAAGAAGUGCUACCGGGUGAUGGACCUCGUGUGCGAGCAGUGCAUGAAGCAGAGGGACAUGAAUGAGGUCCUCGCCAUGAAGACGCACUACAUCAGCUGCAUCCUCCAGAAAUGCAUCACCUUCUUGGCCGAGCGGGAGGACAAGCUGGACGGCCUCAUCAAAAGCUUGCUGAAGGGCCGAGAGACAGAUGGCUUCCCGGUCUAUCAGGAAAAGUUCAUCCGAGAGUGCAUUCGGAAGUUCCCUUACUGUGAAACGACCCUCCUCCAGCAGCUCGUGAGGAGCAUCGCCCCUGUUGAAAUCGGCGCCGAUCCUACGGCCUUCUCUGUGCUCACUCAAGCCAUCACUGGACAAGUGGGAUUUGUGGAUGUGGAAUUUUGUACCACAUGUGGAGAAAAGGGGGCAGACAAGAGGUGUUCAGUGUGUAAAAUGGUCAUCUAUUGCAACCAGAACUGCCAGAAAAUCCACUGGUUCACUCACAAGAAAGUCUGUAAGACGCUGAAGGCUGCAUAUGAGAAGCAAGAGCUACAAGCUGCCAGGGAGAAGAAGAGGCAGGAGAAGAAACAAGAGCAAGAGAAAGAGCCAGAUGUUGAUUCAAAUGCACCCAACGAAGAGCAUCCAAAAACUGAGCCUGGAGAUACAAAAGAUGAGCCGACAGACGUGUCCCAGGAGGAAAAAGCCGACGUAAAGGAGGCUCCCCCAACCGCUUUGGGGACAGACAGUGACCCUGGCCUCCAGGACAUGGCAGGAAGCGUGAAGGAAUCAGAGGAAUAGGGCCCAUCCACAUGGCUCUUCAGGUUUAUAAUACACUAGAAUAACAGCCUAGCCCUCUUUCCCAUGGAGGCAUGAUCCAUGCAAGGUGGCAGGGGGCUAUUCCCCAUUAUACAGAGCUACACAGCGCCCACAAUUUCAUGGAUCUAAGCUCUCGCUUUGGGGCACAGGUCACUGUACCCUUGCCCCUUCUCAUCCCAUGUGGCAGUUAUCCAUGUCAUUAUCCAUGUCCACUGGCAGGCCCGCACCCAAAGGGGCCUCCCCAUCAUGCUAGAGGGCUCUUCCAUCUCUAGACAUGGUGUGGAAGCCAAUUGCACGCACAGGGUGCCCACCUUGGCUCUCCCUACAUGAUGGCGCCCCUUUGCCAGUCAAACUUUGCUAUCACUUCCACCACUUUUCCUACAUGUUUAUCUCUGGCAAAACAAUGCAACCUGCUCCCACCUAGCAGAGCAUCUGAAUUAGACCAAACAUAGACAGCAAAGGGCUGGGCUGACCAAAAUGCCACCAUUUUGAGGGAGGAAGGGACUCAUUCCGAGAUACUGAAAGAAGGAAGACUUAAAAACCCUUGGGGAGAAAUCACAGACUCGAUUAUUGCCAAAUAGGUUAAUUAACCAACAUUUCUGAUGCACUUACUCUAUGCCAGGCUCUGUGUUGAGCACUUGGGACAGAAGUACAAAGACAUAGGCUUUAAAUACAUGGUGUUCACCUGGACCAGAUCUGCGCUGACCAUGCCCUGGCAGACCAUCUCUGGAGAAGGUGAGAGUCCUCGAAGGCAUUUCGAGUGAUGAGAAGGGAACAGGAGGCUUUCAUCACUACACAGUCACACGGUGUCCUGAGGUGUGUACAGAAAUACACACCCCAUCAUGGUGUUGGUUUGUUGCCCAUUUUAAGAAAAGCGUUAGUGUUAUGGCACACAUUCCCCAUUAAAGGCUGCCCUCUGACCUGGAAUGUGGCUUCCAUGCACAAGUCAGCAUCAUAGAAGACUCCUUCAAAGGUAUAACAACGGACCUCUGAGGAGCGGCUAACCACCAAUAUGGCGCGGCAGGAAGCAGGAGGCAUGGGCCACCUUUCUGGUGGAUGCCAUCACAAGCCCAGGGAUGAGUGUAGGUGGUGAGGGGCUACAGGCACUCCUGCCAUGAGUGCUUUCAUUCUGAUAGCCUUGAAUGCCAGAACAUUGUGGAGCUUCCUCACUGCCCAUCACCUCCUCACUUUCCUGGAGUUCCCUUUUGGCAAAGUCACCCAUCACACUAGAUUUUCCCGCUAACUCGUAGCAUAUAACAGGAGCUGCAUUCCUCAAGGAAAUAGCUUUUUCAAGGACAACCUCUCUGUCCCAGCAACUCCUCAGGAGUUUGCCACUUGACUCUGUUCCACUCAGCCUCUCUGCCUGCUCUAGAGCAAAAGUUUUAUCUGACCUACUUGAAAACAGGAAGCUGUGAGACAGGGCUGGCUCGUACCCUUUCUGGCACCCCCCCCUCCCCAUAGUAUCUCUUUAGUCCUCUAAAAUGAGGUAUCACCACUCAUUUGCUACCUAUAUGAUUGUCAGAAACCCAAGGGAAGAAAACAAAGGGUAUCAAACAAGGAGUCCCCAGUCUUUUUCCAGUGGGAAAACCACUGGGUUUGGGGUCAAAGCACCCGAGUUUGAAUCUCAUCUCUGGUGCUUCUGGCUGAUCUCAGACAAAUCAUUCUACCUUUGGGACUCAGUUUCCUCAUCUGUAAAUUGCAUUUAGACUAUUCCUCUAAGGUCCUUCCUAGCUUCAAAUUCCUUGAGCCUGUGAGAGAGUGACAGACCCAGGAAAUACCCAAAGAAUGCUAAGUUCUGUUGCACCGCCAUGUAUCUCAUGUUAGUGUGAUGUGCUUUGUGACGGAGGGAAACCUGCCUGUGGAUAAACACUUGACCUCAUGCAUCUUGCUUCUUGCAGAGGGAGGGGGUGCUCACCAUGAGGCCCUACUCGGGUUUGCUUAUGCCCCUUGCUAGUCUAGUUCACUAAAGGCCUGCUGAAAGGUGGUUGGGGUACAGAGUCUCCCCAAAAGAAGCCCAGCCAGCAGGGAGUCUCUUCAUAAGCGCUUUGACUUCAAGGAUAAGUCUUGGACUUUUCCCACAGAUGAUUGCCCUGCAGGCUAGCUUGGUGUAUGAAAUCUUCCAGGUUACCCUCCUGAAAAGAAUUUCCACAGAGCCCUGGCUGGGCGUCUGUCCUUGUCCUGUGGGGAGGAGGGAAGGGGGGAGGGGGCGCACUUCGCCCCAUAUUUGGUAGAAGUCACAUCCAGAAGGCCAUGUGAGCCCGAGCUGGCACUGGAGGCCGGCUGACCUAGAAUGCCUGGCAUCUGAGAAGAGCUGCCCCACCUCCUGGCUCUUGGGCAAACUGAAAUAAACACGCCGCCUAGUCCAAACACUA